AUGUCAAAGUAUAAUCAGAAUGACGGGACAGUUGCAGAUCCGAACGCCAUUGUCCUCGGCGAAGAGCACACAUGGAUCAAAUUGUUGUACGAAUCUGGACUGCGUAGUUCCUCCGGACAGGAUGCGAAUUUGGAUUUGUUGGUGGAUCCCACCUCAAAAACGAUCACAUUAGUGGUCACGACGGAAAUUAAAACCGACGAUCCCUUACGAGGCGCUCUGCGUAUCCGAACCGCACAUAUCUAUAUGCGCUAUCUUCAAAUGACCAAAUCACCUCGUCUUUUCUUCAUUCCAGCUCAAUCUCUAUCACCAAAUCAGCAGAAUGAUACCAUCGGGUCAAGUGGUCUAGGAUCGCAUGCUACUGGUAAUGGUCCCGUCAGUCUGAAAUCAGUUGUCCAACUGUCGCCCGGCUCGCAUGCCUCAAGUUCACCGGGAUCGACCGGUGUCCCUGGUCUUGGAACGGCAACUUCUUCCACCGUAUCCGCAGGAACGAAUUCCGGCGGUGUUUCUAGCUCACUUGGUUCCGGUAGCGGGCCAAAACGUGACAAGAAGUGCACAUAUUGUGGAAUCCCGUUCUCCAAUCUGGACACAUUGAAUGCUCACAUGACGCAUUAUUGCUCUCGCCGACCACAACUUUCUCACAGUUCUCCGGCACAUGUGCCAGCCGGUACUACUACUGCUGCUGCGGCUGCUGGUGCUGCUCCGUCUGGUACCGUUGCGGUCACUGGCGGAACGUUACCUAGUGUCAAUCUGGAUUCCGGAGGCACGAGUACACAAACGCCGACCCUGGGAAAAUCAUCGAGUGCCGGUACAGGUCCUCGUUCGAAUGGCUCCAAACGUCCCCUCAGUCGGAAUGGUUCUACCUCCUCGAUCCCAGUAACUACCGAUCCGGCGCUAGUCCCUGGACUGCCCGCUUACACCGGUCAAAUACCUCUCUUUGCUGGGCUACCGUUCGACAAAUUAAGCGCCUUGUCCACAUUGGCCCCAGCUGGUUCUCUAACUACAGAAUCACUAGCGUCUCAUAUGGACUAUACGGAUCUUUCUGCCACUCUUCUUCAAUCAAUCCUUCCGGGUUCAUUUGUCCCUGGUUCUGCCGCUGCCGCCGCAGCUGCAGCAGCUGCCGGUAGUGGUACUAUGGGUCACGAUGCGACCCACACAUUGCGUGCUUCUUUAGCGGCCACCAUGUUACCCUAUCUGACCCGUUUAUUACCAGCUGGUGCUCCCGGGACUUUGUACACUCCGAUAGUGUCAUCAUCCUCCUCUGCGACUCCGCGAUCCGACGCACUGGUAGGUCAUUCAAACAAACCGCCAGAUCCAACUCUUGCCGCAUCCACGAAUACUAUCCUCAAGUCCACUCCGAACCCCAUGAAUCAACCGGUUGAUUUGGACCACGGUGAGAAACGUGCAACUACUACUACUUCCACACGACCUUUGAUCCAAACUGAGAAUUCCCAACCUGAAUUGUGUCAUACACCACCAGCGAUGCCCGAACGACUUAUCUCCAGUCCGUUGUACUGCAACGGAUGCCAGCGAUUUUUUGCCUCUGGUCAGCUAUACUCCUGUCAUUUGCAAAUGAGUUAUCGGCUGCUGAAAAGUGCAGAUCCCGAACUGAUGUCCACUAUCUCAACCAUAGAAUCCGGUGACCGUGAACCCAGUUGUGGUGCUUUCCAGUUAGCUCAGGCUGCUUCUCGUCUCGGAUUGGUUCUAGCCGCACCGCUCGUGACCACAAAUGGGAUUCACUAUGUCCCGGUCCAUCCGUCCUGUGGUACUCAGUUCGAGCAGAACAAUUGCAACUCUCACUCGCAUCCGAAUUCGUCACACCUCGGUUGUGUGAGUACAAACAGUCAGUCGACAACACAACCGCAGCCCGUUGCCCCUACGGUUUGCCGAGCUCCAAAACAUACCUCACCGGUUGGACAUUCGAACAAAAAUACACGGGAUGCCUCAGUUAUCCCGGAUCCUGACCCCAUUCAGACAAAAACAGAUAGUAGCGCUUUAGCGUUCUCCGGAAAACAAUCCACAAUAAACGUCGCCGCACGUCAUCCACCCUCGAAAAUCCUGGACCUUUCCUGUAGUCCACAAUCGAUAAGCGCGUUCUCCGGCCUUGGUCGUGAAACGCAAUCCUCCGGCUGUACAUACGGAAUCGAUCAGUCUACCUUGCACACAGAUACUAUGGGGUCCACACGACUGACGAUUCCCAACGGGACGUCCACCUCUUCCGGGACAGGUCCUGGGAACAACUUGGCAGUUUCAUCCCUGGAGUACGGCCCGUACUCACAUUUGCUUCAGUUGUUCACCCAGUUGAUGGCUGGCAGUGUUGAAUCGGCGGCAGAUCCCGAUAUGUCAGGGCCAAUGAACUUGCCACAAAUUAUGGCUCAGUUAUACUCGGCGACCGGUUUGUACGGUUCUCUGGCGACUCCAGUCUCCAACACUACCAGUUCUUGCGUAUCCAAUACGACUAACAAUCCACUCACAUCCGUUCCGUCAUCCACACCACUUAUCCCAUUGUUUGCCCCAUUUUGGCUGGCCUCACAUCACGAUGCCUCGGGAUUGCCCGCUGGUUCACGCGCACCAUCAUCCCGCGUCAGCCAGACUCCACCCACUUCACCCAUUCGUGAGACCAAAACCACUCCAAACCCAAUGGAUUUGCUCGCCUCUGUGUAUUCGACCCAAACGCCAGGACGUGCUGCUGAUCUGGUGGGUUUAGGAAAAUCCGGGAAAGCAUCUGUUCCCGGGCAUGCAAAUGCUAACGCCGCUACGCCUGGUCACGUGGCUCCGUCACUGCAGACUAGUCCAACCGGGUCGCCGGAAUCGCCCAACUGUCGUCCGUUCUUGUGCACCUAUUGUCAGACACGAUUCCAAGCAUAUACCACCUAUAUAGUGAGUUUUUGUUUGGAUCCCCAUGAUUCAUUUGGAAUAUGGUUUCCGUUUCUUUUUCGUUAUCUCAUGGUGCGGGCUGUUCGGAUCCGAAUGGUUUGA